GUCGAUCGCGGUCAGUUCGCGGCCAGCAUUUGACCGCAAGUGUCGUCUACUAAGUCGGUCUAAGUCGUCCACCCAAAACGAUGUUCCUCCAAAGUGUGCAAAGUUUGGCCUUGCUGGCGGCACUCGUUCUGGUGUGUUGUAGUGUUCUAGUUGUGGACGGUCGACCCCAGGAGAAGACAUCGGCGACCUCGGAUCAGAUCGAACGGAGGCAGGACAAUGAAGAGUUGACCCGAGCGACCAAGAUUGGUGAUUCGAUGGUGUACGGUUUAAUCAACAACGAUUCAGAAGACAAGGACGCCAAGCAGGAGAAGGAAGACUUUGACUCGAAAGUUCUGACACUUUUCGAGAACAUUCAGCAGAAGAUCGUCAAGGCGUUAAACCCCGGUGCAAUCGUGGACAAGGCCACCCCAGAGGAUUACGAGAAAAAUCCCAUCGAAGACUACGAGGCGUUCCGGCUGGGCAUCGUCAGUGGGGUCGACUUUCUGGCCAAACAGUUGAACGCAGCGUUAGAUGUACCAAAGAAGAUUGUUAAAAAGACGAACAAAACGUUCACGAAAGCGCUCAACGACAUUGGUGCGAAGCUAGUUGGACUUGAAUAAAA